AUGGCACCUAAGAAGGAGAAGAAGAUAGCUGAGGACAAGCUUAUUCUCAAACGGGUUUUGGCAUCUCGAGAUGUGGUGGAAAGGUUUGUCAGGGAAUACGACCAUGAGCGGGAUGUUGGAGAAAUCGCCGUGCGGCUGGAAACGCUGAACAGAACAAACAAGGAGUUUCUGCACGUGCAGUCCGAGUUGGAGAAGCUAGAUGAAGAGGAGAAUUUCGAUCAUCAUAUGGCGGUGCGGAAUGAUUUUGAGAACCGUUUUUGCAAGUUGAAAGGUUUCUUGCUGACGAAGCGAGAUCGGGAUCAUAUUCUCAUGCAUUCGACAAGGAUGUCAACAUCGGCACAGCUGCAUAAUACUACUACCUUUCAUCAUCGCUUGCCGAAGAUCGACUUGCCAAAGUUUUGUGGAGACGAAUCGCGAUGGAUAUCGUUCCGAGACAAUUUUCUAUCCAUGAUCCACGGCAACGAUGACAUCCCAACGGUGAAUAAGUUGCAAUAUCUGUUGCAGUCCUUGGAAGGAGAUGCCAGGAAGCCUUUUGAGUGUGUCGACAUACAAGCGGACAACUACGCGUCAACCUGGGACGCCCUCAUGAAGAGGUACGAUAACAAGCGGUUUUUGCGGAAGGAGUUAUUUAGACGGUUAUUCGAAUUGGCACCGAUGAAGCGUGAAUCAGCACACGAGCUGAAUACGUUAGUCGACGAUUUCCAUCGGCACGUCAAGGCGUUGGAAAAACUUGGAGAACCCAUUAAGCAUUGGGAUACACCACUCACGUUCAUCCUCUGCAACAAGCUCGACUCCUAUACGUUGCGUGCCUGGGAGCAAGAAACUCGAAAGCAGGAAGAAGUCAAGUAUGACGAGCUGAUUGAGUUCCUCACGAAUCAAGUCCGUAUGUUGAAGUCAGUCUCCAGCGAUCUACAGAACCGUUCCCAAGGGUCCCACAUCAAGGUGGCCGGCCCAGUUCCGAAGAAAUCCACUACAGUCAGGUCCGUUGUCAACAAUGCCACCAACGAAGUCAAGCCAAACGUUUCACAAUGUCACGCUUGUUCGCAGAAGCACUUACUAGUUCAGUGUCCGACGUUUGCCAACCUAAACAUCGGACAACGUCGUGAGCUAAUAACCAAGCGAAGUUUAUGUUGGAAUUGCUUCCGUCCAAACCAUCUAGCCAAGGCUUGUAAAUCGAAGUUUUCGUGUAGAACGUGUCACGCCAAACACCACACGUUACUGCACGACCAGGGUACACCCUCCAAACCCACGUCAAUUCCUGCAGGCUCGUCGAAUGUGACUGCUCAACAGUUUUCUCAAUCCACGUCGACGAACGCGGGGACCGCUGGAUCGUCGAAUCCACCCGAAGUAAGUCUCCCCGUCCAAUCAAGUAGAAGCACGGUCCUAUUAGAAACGGUUGUACUAUCCAUCGUCGACAAGCACGGCAAGGAAAUCGCUAUCCGAGCUCUUCUCGAUUCCGCUGCGAUGUCUAAUUUCAUCACCAAGAAGUUGGCAAAUGCUCUUGCCACCCGUCAAGCCGUCGUUGAUGUUGCAGUUGCAGGAAUCGGAGAAUCUACGAAGCAGAUAAAGCGGCAAAUCUCCGCAACGAUCAAAUCUCGAACCGGUCCCUUUUCCACCACACUCGAAUUCCUGAUCAUGAAGAAGCCCACUGCCAAUUUACCCACUAUAGCCAUCAAUUCCGCAUCGUGGAACAUACCAAAGGUUCCAUUAGCCGAUCCCAAUUUCGAUACACCGGGCAUGAUCGACAUCAUAAUUGGCGGAGAAUGUUACCAUGAAAUCCACACCGGCAACCGUAUAUCACUCGGCGAAGGUCUGCCGUUCCUGGUCGACACCCUAUUUGGCUGGACAGUAUCAGGAAAACUGCCAUCAAUUCCUCCGCCACGCCACCGGUCUGCUACCUAUCAACUGUUGAUCGGUCUCUAG